AACAGCAUCGUGGGUAUAUUCGGGCUAUGUGCCAAACCAUCGGGGAUGGAGAGAAUUGGAGGUGAAAAAAGGAAAAAAAGAAAAAAAAAACUUGACCUCUCUACUGAAGCUAUAUAUAUAUAUAUAUAUAUAUAUAAAUGGAUCUGCAAAUUCAUGGGGAGCGGUAGAACUUAGAACCCAAAACUUAAGCUUAUCAGUGCCAAGCACGCCAUGGGUGGAGGAAAGAGGAGGUUCGGCAAGAAGAGGGGCGGAGCUGGCUCUGGUAGAGCUCUCUUCAUUGAUGGCGGCUUAUUGUCUGAUUGGCAAAACGAUUCUACUUCGCCGAUCACGAUCCCGGGUCGAGGGAAAACAUCGAGAGGGAACGGAAAAUCUGCAUCAAAAUCCGGGAAAUUCGACAGGCCGAAGGGGCCUUCUUCAAAGGUUGGAUCUCAAAAACACAAUGGGACUUCUUUCGGAUACGAAUACCCGGCUACUGACGUUCAGGAGCGUUCGGUGUCGUUUGCUGGAGGCAAUCUGAAAGGUAGUGAAGUGGAUGAGUCGCAGCCGAUUGUUUUAGGUGAUUCUAAGAAGACCCAAAUUGUUGCUUAUGUAGACCAAACACCUGAUGAGAACGCCUUAAGUGGUGGAGAUUUUACAUAUGAUUAUGGUUCAAGUUUUGUCCUGGGCGAGAGCUGUCACAGAGGGUUGGGAUUCUGCGAUGAGCUGGAGACGACCCCAAGUGGGAUCGGAUCAUCCUCUGCGAAGGAGGAAGGGAGAGAAGGGCAGGGGUUCACUUCAUCUUCUACGGAGAAGGAAAUGAAUGCUGAAGAGAACUGUAGUCGAGUGACACGAGGUGGGAAAUCGCUUCCCAAGAAGAAUUCAGGAUUUGUGUCCAUUGGAGGACUGAAACUAUAUACGGAGGACAUUUCUGAUGAGGAAAGUGAUGGCUUUGAGGAUAAAGAAGAUGAAGAUGAAGACGAAAAUUCAGCUGAUGAAAGAAGCUCUGAGUCUUUACAGUCGAGCGAUUCAGAUGGAUUGUCUGAAAGUGGUAGUUUGGAUGAAAUGUUCUAUGACGAUGGUUCUGAAAUUGAUGAAGAGGUUGCUGAAGAUUACUUGGAAGGAAUUGGUGGGAGCUUUGAAGCAGUUAACACUAAGUGGUUGCUGGAGCAGCCUUUGGAUGUCUCGGAUGAGGAUGAUUCUUCAAGCAGUAGCAGUGAUGACAGUCCAGAAGAGUUUGAAGGGGCUGCUCUACAGGAUGCAUCGAUGCAAUAUGGUAUGAAGCCGCCAAAAUCAAAGAAGAAGAAUCUAGCAGGAUCUGGCAGGCUCAGAGCCACCAUGAAUGAUCAGUCGAUGAUUUUGGAUGAUAUCUUAUAUGUAAAGGACCCCAGGAUGGAGUCGGGUAAGAAGAAGCAUGCUGUUCGGCUUCCUCAGUCUUGGCCCCGUGAGACUCGAAGGAGUAAGAAUUCUAGAAGCAUUCCAGGUGAAAAAAAGAAACAUCGCAAAGAAAUGAUUGCUUUGAAGCGCCGGGAGAGAAUGAUGCGCCACGGUGUUGAUUUGGAGAAAAUAAAUAUGGAACUGAGGCAGAUGGUCUUGGAUGAAGUUGAUAUGCUAUCCUUUCACCCUAUGCAUCCCCGUGAUUGUUCCCAGGUAAGACGGGUAGCAUCAAUUUAUCGCUUACGGAGUGGUUGCCAAGGCUCUGGCAAGAAAAGAUUUGUUACAGUGACACGAACUGUACACACAUGCAUGCCAUCUUUAACUGAUCAACAGCGCUUGGAGAAGCUGUUAGGAGCUGGUGAUGAGUUUGCAGAUUUUGUGGUCAAUGAAGCACCUAAAGAAAAAGCUCUAAAUCGAGAAAGACGAACCAAGACAACUGCAAAAUUGAGGGGUCUGCGUCUAGUAGAACCACGCCAAUCUGCCCCAAGCAAGCAAUCAAAGAACUCGACCAACCGUCAUGGCAGAAAUGAGUCAGGUGGGAAAAAACGGGAUGGGAGAAAUAGUACUACAUAUGCCAAUCAGCCUCUAUCAUUUGUCUCGAGUGGUGUGAUGCUAGUUGAUGAUUCUGUAGAGGAGAAGGAGAUCAGCACUCCUGAUGCAAAUGUGAGGAGCAGUUCUGAAAUAAAAUCUAUCACAAGCUCCUCGAGACUGGGUGCAUUUGAGUUGCACACAAAGGGAUUCGGAUCAAAGAUGAUGGCGAAGAUGGGAUUUGUGGAAGGGGGAGGUUUAGGAAAGGACGGGCAAGGGAUGAUGGUGCCCAUAGAAGCUAUUAAACGGCCCAAAUCGCUGGGAUUGGGUGUUGAAUUCUCCCCAACCCAAGAAACUGAAGGGGCUAGAUCUGAUAAAAGUGGAGCAUUUGAGAGACAAAUGAAGGGGCAAAGUGGAGCAUUUGAGAAACACAUGAAGGGGCAAACUGGAGCAUUUGAGAAACACAUGAAGGGGCAAAGUGGAGCUUUUGAGAAACACACAAAAGGGUUUGGUUCGAAGAUGAUGGCAAAGAUGGGAUUUGUUGAAGGCAUGGGCUUGGGCAAGGAUUCCCAGGGUAUCGUCAAUCCGUUGGUUGCAGUUAGGCUCCCAAAAUCUCGAGGAUUAGGUGCUAAAUGAUGAUUAUGUGUACCUCUUUCUGAAGACUUCCUUCCAUGUAUCUCUAUGAAUUGAUAGUUAAAUAUGCAGACAAAAAGGAAAUUAUCUUUAGUAA